CGACACAGCACUGGAAUGCAGUCCAGUUAGUGUCACAAAGGGUGUUUAAUGGAUCAAGUUUGCCACAGUCCUCCCCACUCCCCCCACCCCAUCCCUCUAGCGUUACCAGAUUGAGGGGUUGACCAGAGUUUCACUGAAACUAAGUCUGUGUCGGAGCAGUGAAAGGUCAAUGUACAUUUGAGAGAAGUUACAGUGAGAGAGGGUAUGUUAAACUAGUCAGUGCAUAUGUGAGGCGUCCAUUAAAGCUGAACCAUACGUGGGAGGGGCUCCGUUACGGGUAUCUGUGCCACAAGACUAACCCUGGGGGCUUUGAGAUGACCUGGGGAGAGAUUUACCAAAUGCCCCUCAACGUGUACAUCGCUGGGCUGGGCGUCGGCCUGUUCCUGUUCAUGCUGACCGUCAUCUGCUGCUGCUAUCUGUUCAGGUUGAGACGAUAUAGAACAAGGGAACACUAUGAAUACAAUGAGGUAGUUUUGAAACGAGUUGGACAGAAGACUUUCCAAAGUCUCCUUGGACAGGUGUGUGCCAUUUGCCUGGAGGAGUUUCGCAUGCGUGACGAGCUCGCUCUCUGCCCAUGCUCUCACACCUUCCACACAAAGUGUCUGCUGAAGUGGCUGGAGAUACGUAGCGUUUGCCCGAUGUGCAACAAGCCUGUGUACAAGGUGCCACUCACCGGCCCACAGGACAUCAUCAACUUCCAGGUUCCCCAGGACCUGUGAGAGGGCAGUGUUGGUGGCUUACUGGGACCAACAUGGCGAGCGUCUAACCUCCGUCCUAGAAGCCCAAUCUCAGCCUCCUCCUUCUGGAUCUCAUGGAUCCUGGUCUCCAAGUUGGCAAAAAGAGAUCGGAACUGAGCUGAUCUGCAUUCCGCUCUGCUUUCCUGAGGGAGCCUCAUUGGGAUGAACCAUAAGUGGUUCAGAGACCUCCCAGUGAAGGAAGCAGAGUCCCAGCCUUCAUCAUUUGUAGAUAAAUGCUGAUGUUCUCUGUAGAGUUAACACUCAUGUAAACAGGGUUUAAAUUCCCCAAAAAGCUUUUCUUGCUUAUGAACUGAAAACCACUUAAAGGGUCUUUCCGAGGCUGGUGACCUCGAACGCCGGUCCCAGAGGUAUGAGGUGACAAUGCUCACCGCUGCACCACCACAAAAGUAAAACUAUGUAUGCUUUCCUCAGGAUGUGAAUGCAACAAUCUAACAAUUUUUUUAAUUGCACCAAAGUAAAUAUAUAUUUUUUGUGAAGAGUCUGAUGAGUAAACUUUCAAUUUUUCUUCACAUUCACUUCAGUAUUAUCAACUGUUCCCACUUGACACCUUUUAAGAAUUCAUUAUGUAAUAAUGCCGCACUACAUUAUAACUCUACAGAAUGUAACUUAGAUUACAGAAUGUAAAUUAGAUGAUGACAAUAAUGGCGAUAGGGUAAUGUUACAAUGUAAAACUGAAGUCGAUAGGUGUGUAACAUUAUCGAGUUAUUACAUGACGUGGUGUAAA